AUGCCGUUUGGAAAGGAAAAUGCGCGCGAUAUAGAGUCAGCAAACGAACCCGAGGAGAAAAAGCAAGGGAUUUCAAAAUGGAACAUGGGCAUGUUGAACGACAAGCAGACCAUCGAAGUGCCCGGCUCGGUUUUGCUGCUUGCAAAAGAUUACAAUCAGCCUCUCGGUCUACGCAACACUCCGGCUAGAUCGUCUCAAUCAUCCCUGCCUACGGGCAUCCCGGUGGCAGCGCCAUCGCUCCCUGCAGGAGAUGACACGAAGAAGACCAAGGAUGGUCAGAUCAUCCUGGAACCACAGCCUGAUGAUUCAUGCAAUGACCCCCUAAACUGGCCUGCGUGGCGUCGCGAUCUAGCUUUGGUAUCAUUAGGGCUUUACUGCAUGGUGGGAGGAGGUAUCACGCCUCUGUUGGCGAGCGGAUUCACUAAUAUUGCCGAAGAUUACGAUAUUGAAUUGUCUCAGGUGUCACUGACGACUGGACUGUACAUGCUUGGACUCGGUAUUGGCUGCGUCAUCUUCUCGCCCACGGCCAUCUUGUUCGGCAAACGCCCUGUCUAUCUGUUUAGCGCCAUUAUCUUUAUCCUCUCUUCGAUAUGGUGCGCUCUGUCUCCCAGCUUCACCUCGCUCAUCUUGGCGAGGGUAUUUCAGGGCAUUGCUGUCAGUCCCGUCGAGGCUUUACCAUCUGCCACCAUUGCCGAGAUCUUCUUCUUGCACGAGAGAGCUUUUCGCAUUGGGAUAUAUACCCUGCUUUUACUGGGGGGCAAGAACUUGAUACCGCUUGUCAGUGCGGCUAUCAUUCAAAGUCUUUCAUGGCGUUGGGUGUUCUGGAUCGUUGCUAUGCUCGUUGGGUUCUGCGGCAUCUUGCUGUUUCUGUUUGUGCCCGAGACGUUCUGGGACAGAUCCCCAGUUCCGAGGUCUCGACAGCCAUCGAGACGGCCAAGCUUGUUCCGUAGGAAAUCUUCGGCGACGCAUUUCAUCCCGGGACUACAUCGAAAGGACGUCAAUGCCACACACAGCGCGGAUCAUCCAGCAGCUCCCGAGGUAAUGGCCAGCGAGGGCUCGACUAAAAUAGCAGUGCAUCCUCACCAACACAAAAAUGUACAUGUCGGGUUCGCUUCAGACUCUGAGCCUGAGCAUGGCCACCAAUCGGAGUCAGAUUCUCACCCUGUGGAUUUGGUGGUGUCAUCACAGCCAAAGAUGGCCGAUACGCCCGAAAUUCCCGACAGGAAGGGUUCCGCUGCCUCACCUAGUGGAAGGCGGAAACCUAGACCCAUUAUCAUACCCCCUCGUCCAAUGAUGGCGCCUGAAGGACUAGGUAGUAGUAUAUUUGGACCGCCAAUGACACCAGCAGCGGGGGGGCUUUUCCCCCCAACGCCAGAUCUCCGAAACUUCAACUCGCCAUAUUACGAAAGAAUCUCGAACGAAUACUUUGAAAGCUGGGAGACUGCAAUGCAGCGAGAAGUGCAUUCCGAAAUCGGCUCCGCUACCCGUGAAACCCACAGUGAGAAGAUGUCCAUCGCAAGCCUCCAGGCAAGAACUGGCGGACAAGCAUAUACCCACGCCCUGCGCCACGCCCCACCCCAAUCCUUCCACCAACAACUCCGCAUCUACCACUGCCGCCUCAGCAAGGACAGAUGGUGGAAAGUCUGUAUUCGGCCCUUCAUUCUCUUCGCCUACCCCGCCGUCCUUUGGUCCGCAGCAAUCUACGCCUUCUCCAUCGGCUGGCUCAUCGUCAUCUCCGAAUCCGUCGCCGUGAUCUUCCGCGAGGGAACUUACCACUUCAGCGCGCUGGCCACAGGGCUCAUCUACCUCUCCCCCUUCAUCGGCGGCAUUCUCGGCUCCGCCGUCGCGGGGAAAGUCAGUGAUAUUGUCAUCCAGUUCAUGGCGCGCCGCAACGGCGGCCUCUACGAACCCGAGUUCAGACUGCUCAUGGCCUUCCCCGUGGCUAUAACUACCGUGAUAGGACUCGUGGGUUUCGGCUGGUCGGCCAGCGUCAACGAUCCCUGGAUCGUGCCCACGCUGUUCUUCGGCAUCGUCUCGUUCGGCUGCUCGUUGGGCUCUACUACCGCCAUUACGUUUUGUGUCGAUAGCUAUAGGCAGUAUGCGGGAGAGGCGCUCGUCACGCUGAAUUUUAGCAAGAACGUGCUGCAUGGGCUGGUGUUUAGUUUGUUUGUCACCGGGUGGUUGACGCAUGACGGGCCUAAGACGGUGUUUGUUUGGAUUGGCGUUAUGCAGUUGAUUGUGCUUUGCUCAACGGUGCCGAUGUAUAUCUUUGGGAAGAGGGCGAGGAUGUGGACUGUGAGAAGGAAUUUCAUGGAGAAGUUUUAG